AUGUUUUAUUCACACCACCCUAUUCCCCUUCGUACAUGUACUUGUUUCUUCCCGUUCGUCCAGGCGAUCGACACCGUCCGAGUGCUGGCCGCGGACAUCGUGCAGAAGUCCAUGUCCGGCCACCCCGGCGCGCCCAUGGGCUGCGCUCCCAUGGCCCACGUGUUGUUCACCAAGUUCAUGAACUUCUCGCCAUCCAACCCGGACUGGCUGGGGCGAGACCGGUUCGUGCUGUCCAACGGGCACGCCUGCGCCCUGCAGUACAUCAUGCUGCACCUGUGCGGGUACGGCGUCACGAUGGAUGACCUGAAGAGCUUCAGGCAACUCGACUCCCUGACCCCCGGUCACCCGGAGAACUUCGUCACCCCCGGAGUGGAAGUGUCCACUGGGCCCCUCGGGCAGGGCAUUUCCAACGCCGUCGGGAUGGCCAUCGCCGAGAGGCACCUCGCCGCCACCUUCAACACGCCCGAUUUCCAGGUACUGUUGGUACACUCGGAAGCGUUUGCAGAUACAUUCGGCAGUUUGAGGCGGUGCCGUUGGGUAUGA